AUGUCCAGACUCAAGUCCAGACCUCUGCGCUCGCUGGUUCUGACCCCGCAACGAGUCCCGGACUUCUUUGUCCCGCCUCGUGUCCUCUCCUCGGACCACCGUGGCCAACGUUUGGGUCUGACCAGUCCGGACCGGCAGCCGACACCCGAAGUUCCACUUCGCCUGCCUCGGUUUCUUCUUCCUGGCCGGGACACCGAGGACCGCUUGGACUAUGACACGGACGCCACCACGCGUGCGGCCAUGUCGCUGAUGCACGUGGACAAGGUCGCCACCCCCUACGGCUUCUGUGCCGUGCUGGCCGCCAGUCCCUGCACGCGGCGCCGUGAGUCCCUCUUCCACCGCAACACCAGGACUGUGGUCCAACCGGGUCCUGCUGAGGACACAUCUGGAGUCCCAAGCGCACCUGGAAGGUCACCUGCAGUCCGAAGCGCACCUGGAGGGUCACCUGCAGUCCGAAGCGCACCUGGAGGGUCACGUUGGGUCCGAAGCACACCUGGAGGGUCAUCUGGAGUCCGAAGCGCACCUGGAGGGUCACGUUGAGUCCGAAGCGCACCUGGAGGGUCACGUUGAGUCCGAAGCACACCUGGAGGGUCACGUUGAGUCCGAAGCACACCUGGAGGGUCACGUUGAGUCCGAAGCACACCUGGAGGGUCACGUUGAGUCCGAAGCACGAGCACACAGACUGAACGAUGUCAGCAACUUUUUAUUUCAAUAAAGAAUAUUUUAAAAGCAUCAAAC